GAGGCGGAUCUGCGCGGCCCAGUUACUACAGCGAAUAGGCGGCCCAUCAGGUCACGUUCCGUCCCGACGUAGAGUCGCCAGUCCUCCCACAAUCUCCAGCCGCCACUACGCCUCCCUCUAGCUCCAGCCGCCACUACGCCGGUCGCAGAGUCGCCAGCUGCCUAGACGCCCGGAGGCCCGCGGGCGCUCCCUCCUGGGCUGCUGGCCUCCUUCACAUUAUUGGAGCCAGAGGAGCGGGCGGCGGCUUGCACUCCAUCCCAUCGCUUGGCUAGCGCGCCGGAGCCACAGCUGGAGCGCUCGCCGGCGACGAGUCGCCGCCCCGCAAGGAGCCUACGCAGGCACGCACCGCCACGUCUAGGCGCCAGGCGGAGACGGUAGUUAUUACCACAACAUUAAAGGAGAUGCCUUCACUCCAGAAAGCAUUGCCUCCAGAACUUGCUGAUAAUGUGCUCAGGUUAUAUCGUGAAUGCUUACGGAGGGCGAAGUAUAUUGGCCAUCAGAAACACAAUACAGAACUUUUAGUCGCCAUGGUGAGACAACAAUUCAAGAAAAACAUGCAUGAAACUGAUCCAGAGAAGAUACAGAAAAUGAAGGACGAUGCUGCAAGGGGCCUUAUCAAUCAUAUUCUAUAUGAGUCCGAGAAGAUUACAGGACGCAAGUUUUCAGGUUAAAAACAGAAGUUGAAACUGGACUUACAGUGUGUCGUGCUGUAUGAAUAAUAGUAAAAAUAAUUUACUUUCUUGCCUUUGAAUGAUUCCGGUUCUAUUGUACAAGGACCUGCAAAUGUUUUUUCCUUCGGAUUGCUGAGUACUCGAGCUAUUGCAGCAAUGAUUUUCAGUAACCAAGAGUUUGGCUGUCUUUUCUUUU